UCAAGCGCGGUUAGGUUGACCAGUUUUUAAUUCAUUUCUUUGUUGUGAUUAAACGUUAGCUGCGUCUGGGCUCUUGACCGCUGUUUUAGCGUGUACACUAGUAAUAGUUGUCACCCAGGAGUCGCGAGGAUGAGUGGAGGGGUAUACGGUGGCGAUGAGGUGGGAGCCCUGGUGUUCGACAUUGGCUCCUACACGGUGCGCGCGGGCUAUGCCGGUGAAGACUGUCCGAAGGCGGACUUCCCAACGGUGAUGGGUGUGACGGUGGACCGUGAGGAUGGCACUGUUCCCAUGGAGACAGAUGGCGAGAAAACGAAACAAAGCGGCACCAACUACUUCAUCGACACCAACCAGUUACGGGUACCACGGGACAACAUGGAGGUCAUGUCCCCACUCAAGAACGGCAUGAUUGAAGACUGGGACAGUUUCCAGGCCAUCCUUGACCACACCUACAAGAUGCACUUCAAGUCGGAGCCAAGCCUGCACCCCGUACUCAUGUCCGAGGCAUCGUGGAACACGCGUGCGAAGCGUGAGAAGCUGACAGAGCUGAUGUUUGAGCACUACAACAUUCCAGCAUUCUUCCUCUGCAAGACCGCCGUGCUCUCAGCUUUUGCUAACGGCCGCUCCACAGGCCUCGUGCUGGACAGCGGAGCUACACACACCACCGCCAUUCCUGUACACGACGGAUAUGUACUGCAGCAAGGUAUUGUGAAGUCCCCGUUGGCUGGUGAUUUCAUGAGUAUGCAGUGCAGAGAACUCUUCCAGGAACUCGGAGUGGAGAUCGUACCGCCCUACAUGAUCGCUUCCAAGGACCCGGUGCGUGAGGGCUCAUCGGCUAAUUGGAAGAAGAAGGAGAAGCUUCCUCAAGUCACUCGAUCCUGGCACAACUACAUGUGCAACACUGUGAUUCAGGACUUCCAGGCCUCAGUGCUGCAGGUGUCAGACUCCCCCUACGACGAACAGGUUGCAGCCCAGAUGCCUACUAUGCACUAUGAGCUGCCUAACGGCUACAACUGUGACUUCGGGUCAGAGAGACUGAAGAUACCAGAAGGCCUGUUCGACCCCUCCAAUGCCAAGGGCUUAUCUGGUAACACCAUGCUGGGUGUGGGUCAUGUGGUGACGACCAGUGUGGGCAUGUGCGAUAUCGACAUCAGGCCGGGCCUGUACGGGAGCGUGGUGGUGACUGGGGGCAACACACUCAUUCAGGGCUUCACGGAUCGCCUCACCAGGGAGCUCUCACAGAAGACACCACCGAGUAUGCGUCUGAAGCUGAUAGCCAAUAACACGACAGUAGAGCGGCGCUUCAGUGCCUGGAUAGGAGGCUCCAUCCUUGCCUCACUCGGCACGUUCCAGCAGAUGUGGAUCUCCAAGCAGGAGUACGAGGAGGGCGGGAAGCAGUGUGUCGACAGGAAGUGCCCCUAAUCUCCAUGACAACCAGACAUGAAAUACCCCGAUAUCCAUGACAACAAAGACGACUGCCUUGAAAACGCCACAAACCUCUCAACCCUGCAACUCCCGGACUCAGGAACACACACACACACACAGAUAUACUCUCGCACCCUUUUGUCUAGUUUUGUACAAUACUCUUUGGUCAACCCUCCAGUGUGUAGACUGUUUAAUGUUGAUUUGCUAUUUUCUUAUUUUAUAAAGUGCACCUGUCCCUGAGACUGUCCUGAUUGGUUGGAGCCUGAGGGGGGCGGGGUUUAGCUGGUGUUACUGUAAAGUGGCCGUCACGUCAUGUAGAAGCCAAACUGGGGAGUGCGAGUGAGUGAGUGAGAGUAUGUGCAGCGAGAGAGAGAAAGCGAGAGAGAGAGAUUGUGUGUGUGUGUUCGUGUGGGUGUACUUCAGAAGCCGUGACUGUUUUGCUCUCCAGGCUCCAGCUGUCUCCAUGUAAGCGUGUAGUCUUUUUUGGAAAAUAAACAUUUUUAUUGUGACACAUCUAACUUUU